AUGGCAACACUUGCCGAUCACAUUGCUCAAACAGCCUUGCAACACUACGAAAGGCGCUUACCGACCAAAGGCAAACCCAAAGACAGUGAAUGGACCGUUUUCGCCUCCAUCGUGGCGACGACGAAGACAUCAUCUACAUCUUCCGACCACGGACUUGACCUGGACCAGCCUCCUGCAUCUUGGGUGGUCAGCUGCGCUACCGGCACCAAGUGUACCGCAUCGCAGAACGACCGAACCGGAUGCGUACUUCACGAUUCUCACGCUGAAGUACUGGCACGCCGAGGCUUGGUGAGAUCCCUGUGGAUGGAAGUUGCAGGGCUGAUACACCCUCCCGGAGUUUUCGAUUCUACCCACAAGGCAAAAUCGUGCCUCCUGGAACAAGACGAAACAACAAACAAAAUCAGAAUACGACGUGACUUACUUCUGCAUCUGUACAUCAGUGAUUCUCCUUGUGGUGAUGCGUCCAUCUACCCGUUGGUGGAAAAUGAGGACGACGUCACGUAUGAACUACAAUAUACCGGAGCUAAAGUAAUCGUUUCCGAGCAUACCAAAGUGACGGGGAAAGACUGUGGGGGCGAUCAUCAAUUGCUGUUGAAAUCCUCAUCCGCAAUAUUCUCGUCGAGUUACGUCGCCCGUGAAGACGUGCAACUGUUGGGGAAAUUGCGGACGAAGGCCGGUCGAUCCAAUAUCGAAGCGGCGCGGCGGUCGACAUCGAUGUCUUGCAGCGAUAAAAUUGUUCGAUGGAUGGUAUUAGGGCUUCAAGGACGACAUUUGAUGAAGUGGAUACAGGACCCGAUUCGGUUCGCAACUAUCGUCGUCAGUCAAGACCCUCGAGUGCGACAAGCGCAGGAUCAGCUGGACGCGCUGGAACGAGCUAUUAGCACGCGUGUUGCUCUGAUACGGGUCGACUUGGAGAAACUACUUGACAAUAAAAACAAAAUGUACGGAUAUCAUGACCUCGAGAAUUUCUGUGUCAGUGGUGCGUUCUGUCUUCUCUCGCGGCAAGUCCGCAAGGGAUGCCACGAAAGCACACCGGAAACGGCUCCGCGAAGAAAGUGA